ACCGUCGAUAACUCCUUGUAUAAAAUCACUCACGUUAUCGGUUAGUUCAAUAAAACAAAAAAUUAACAAAUAAAACAUAAAAAUAAAAGCUUUACGUUGUGACUCGCACAACGUGGACUCUAGGCACGAAUGGCCAGCCGUGGGGUUGGCGCCGCUGUGGUUCACACGACGGUGACAGCCACAUCGCUGACGGUGGAGACCAUCACCAAUGUGCUGACCACAGUGACAUCGCUCCACUCGAACAGCGUCAACAUCUCUAACAACAAUAGCAGCAGUGCUUCGGCCCCUGGGGCAGAUGGAGUGGUCGGCGAUGCAGGGGGUGUGGCAGCGGCCCAAACGGACGCCAACAAGCCGAUAUAUCCACGUCUCUUUAACCGAAUCGUAUUGACGCUCGAAAACAGCUUAAUUCCGGAAAGUAAGAUCGAUGAGACGCCAUCCAGCCAGGACGGCCUGGACCAUGAAACGGAGAAGGACCUGCGGAUACUGGGUUGUGAGCUCAUCCAGACGGCGGGUAUCCUACUGCGCCUGCCGCAGGUUGCCAUGGCCACCGGCCAGGUUCUCUUCCAACGCUUUUUCUACUCAAAGAGUUUUGUGCGACAUAACAUGGAGACAGUAGCAAUGAGCUGCGUGUGCCUGGCUUCCAAGAUCGAGGAGGCUCCGCGGCGUAUCCGGGACGUAAUUAAUGUGUUUCACCACAUUAAGCAAGUGCGGGCGCAAAAGGAAAUCUCGCCUAUGGUAUUGGAUCCUUACUACACGAACCUAAAGAUGCAGGUGAUCAAGGCCGAACGACGCGUUCUCAAGGAACUUGGCUUCUGCGUGCAUGUGAAGCAUCCGCAUAAGCUUAUCGUUAUGUAUCUACAGGUUUUACAGUAUGAGAAGAACGAGAAAUUGAUGCAGCUCUCCUGGAACUUUAUGAACGAUUCGUUGAGGACGGACGUCUUUAUGCGGUACACACCGGAGGCUAUUGCCUGCGCCUGUAUCUACCUGAGUGCCCGCAAGCUCAACAUACCUUUACCCAAUUGUCCGGCGUGGUUUGGCAUUUUUCGCGUGCCCAUGGCGGACAUUACGGAUAUCUGCUACAGGGUGAUGGAGCUGUAUACGCGUUCAAAGCCGGUAGUGGAGAAAUUGGAGUCCGCCGUGGACGAGCUAAAGAAGCGGUACAUGGAUGCGCGCAACAAGACGAAGGAGGCCAACACACCUCCAGCUGUAAUCACCGUGGAUCGCAACAACGGCUCGCACAAUGCGUGGGGUGGCUUUAUACAGAGGGCGAUUCCACUUCCCUUGCCCUCAGAAAAGUCACCAGAGAAGGAUUCACGGUCGCGUUCGCGCUCCAGAACGCGCACUCAGUCGCGGACACCGCGCUCUCGCUCGCCAAGGUCCAGGUCGCCGAGUCGCGAGCGCACCAAGAAGUCCCACCGCAGCCGAUCCUCACGCUCGCGCUCCCGAUCGCCGCCGAAGCACAAGAAAAAGUCGCGCCACUACUCGAGGUCGCCAACGCGCUCCAGUUCUCCGCACAGCAAGCACAGGAAAACUAAAUCGUCGCGAGAACGUUCUGAAUAUUACUCCAAAAAAGACCGCUCUGGGAACGCUGGCAGCAGCAACAAUGCCAAUGAUGGAGACAAGUAUCGUAACUCUAGCUCGAAUUCUGGCAAGCACAGUCGUUACUCCUCACAUCGCAAUAGCGGUGGCGGUGGAGAAGGAAGGAGUGGAGGAGGAGGUGGCAGCGGCGGCGGCGGAGGAAGCGGGAACCACGGCAGCCGAGGUGCUCAUAAGCAUCGGGAUGGCGAUCGCUCCAGAGAUCGCAAGCGCUAGGGAUUGACAAACACACUCCUUUUCAUUUAAUUGCUUUGUAUUUUACAGAUUUACAGAUCAUUUCUGCCGAUUAGUUCGAUUUAGUAAUUCUAAUGUGUAAUGUAAAAACUAACUCGGGUAAACAAUAAAUGUAACUCCUCAAUCAAA